CUGAGAUCUGUGUGAGGGAGCGAGUGUGUGAGGUAUUGAGGCGAGGCGAAGGCUAGAAAAGGGGCUUCCCUCAGGAAAGAGGGACAAAGGGGGCGUGAGGUACCUAGUUCGCGGGACCCCGGCGACAGGAAGCCGCCCUGAGCCGGGCUACCGGGUAGGGGAAGGGCCCGCGCAGUCUUCACAGGGCCCCAGAGCCCGAGUCGGCCCCACAUCCCCGGGCCGUCGGCUACCUACUUCCUCCACCUCCCGGCGCGGAGGCCUGAGGACUGGUUCCGCGGGGUUGGGGGUUGCAGACUUAAGGAGCUAUUCGUUGUCUCGCAACUCCACUGCUGAGGAACUCUCAUUUCUUCCCUCGCUCCUUCACCCCCCACCUCAUGUAGGAGGGUGCUGAGGAAUCGGGAGGGAGGAGGAGCCUGGCCUACCGUCCCUUCCCUCCCCACCACCUUCUAGGGGCACUUUGGUGGGCGUGGAUUUAGGGUGGGGGGGUGGGUGGGGGUUACUUCUUGGAGUGCUGGGGAACUUUUUCCCCUUCUUAAGGCCAGGGGAAAGGGAAUGCCCAAUUCAGAGAGACAUGGGGGCAAGAAGGACGGGAGUGGAGGAGCUUCUGGAACUUUGCAGCCGUCAUCGGGAGGUGGCAGCUCCAACAGCAGAGAGCGUCACCGAUUGGUGUCGAAGCACAAGAGGCAUAAGUCCAAGCACUCCAAAGACAUGGGGUUGGUGACCCCCGAAGCAUCCUUGGGUACAGUUAUCAAACCUUUGGUGGAGUAUGAUGACAUCAGCUCUGAUUCAGACACCUUCUCUGACGACAUGGCCUUCAAAUUAGAUAGGAGGGAGAAUGAUGAACGUCGUGGAACGGAUCGGAGUGACCGCCUGCAUAAACAUCGUCACCACCAGCACAGGCGUUCCCGGGACUUACUAAAAACUAAACAGACCGAAAAAGAAAAAAACCAGGAAGUCUCCAGCAAGUCGGGAUCGAUGAAAGACCGAGUAUCAGGAAGUUCAAAGCGUUCAAAUGAGGAGAACGAUGACUAUGGUAAGGCACAGAUAUCCAAGAGCAGCAGCAAGGAAUCCAGGUCAUCCAAACUCCAUAAGGAAAAGACCCGGAAAGAACGUGAGCUAAAGUCUGGACACAAAGAUCGGAGUAAAAGUCAUCGGAAAAGGGAAACACCCAAAAGUUACAAAACAGUGGACAGCCCCAAACGGAGAUCCAGGAGUCCCCACAGGAAGUGGUCUGACAGCUCCAAACAAGAUGACAGCCCCUCAGGAGCUUCUUAUGGCCAAGAUUAUGACGUUAGUCCUCCGAGAUCUCAUACCUCUAGCAAUUAUGACUCCUACAAGAAGAGUCCUGGAAGUACCUCAAGAAGGCAGUCCAUCAGCCCACCUUACAAGGAGCCUUCUGCCUAUCAGUCCGGUACCCGGUCACCCAGCCCCUACAGUAGACGACAGAGGUCUGUGAGUCCUUAUAGCCGGAGACGGUCGUCCAGCUAUGAAAGGAGUGGCUCUUACAGCGGGAGAUCACCCAGUCCCUAUGGUCGAAGGCGCUCCAGCAGCCCUUUCAUGAGCAAGCGGUCUCUCAGUCGAAGUCCGCUCCCCAGGUGA